AUGUCUCCUAGUUUAGCAUCUUUUGAUGAUAAUUCGUCAUCCGUAUCGAUUGAAGAUUUAUCUAUUGCUCAAAAGAAAGAUAAUGUACUUCACAAUUUGAUUAAUGCAUUAAAAGUAUUAAAAUCAAAAGGAGUCAGUGAAUAUAAUGAACAGUAUCAAUCGUUACUUCAACUCAUUCAACUAUACUCUAGUAAUAAGAUUUCAAUCAAGGGAACCGAUAUAGCAUAUAGUAUUGGCAAUGGUGUCGUUGAGAGUGAGACUGUCACUGCUGCCUCUGCUGCAGCAGCUGUUGCUGCAGCUCAACCCAAGGUUGUAUCUACUAUAUCCGAGGUCGUAGAAGAAGACAUUGAUAUGAACGACACUCAAACGACAUCGACCACUUCUACUACCACUUCGACCAGUGGAGGAGACGUUGACAUGAUGACAAAUGAAGAUGAUGAAGAACAGACAACAACAAACAAACUCGACGAAGAGUUGAGACUAAAAGCAAAUCAAAUACCCAUUUUCAAAGCACAAUUAGAGGCCUUUAAAUAUCUCUCCAGAAACCUUCCCAUUCCAAGUAAUACAUUGUCCAAGAUUUCAAAUCUACUCGAAUACGAACCAAAGGAAGAGUUUGAUGAUUUAAAGUUUUAUUCUAAAGGUUCAAUUAAAACAGAUAAUUUAAACCAACCAAAUCCAGAUAUACCAGAAACAUAUAAAGGAUUAUAUGAAGCUGUUCAAUCAAUCCAUGAAAGAGAGGAAAGAAUAGCAUCAAAGAUCCAAUACCGCAUUGAAGAAUUAAAAGAUUUACCAUCAACCAUUCAACCAGAAUUAAAAACAAGAUCAUUAAUCGAAAUGAAACAAUUAAAAGUAUGUUUUAAAAAGAAUAUUUUCAAAGAGAUUGUAUAUGUAUUAAAUGUUCAAAAAAAAGUUAGAAAUGAUAUUCUAAGUGAAUUAAAUGAAGAUAUAUUUAUAAAUUCAGUUGAUAAUAUUGAUAUAUUUGUUAAACCAAUUCCAAGAGAAACAUUUAAAUCUGGAGAAAUGAUGUAUGAAGGAUCAACUUCACAACAAAAUGUGGAAUCAAUAUUUACAGUGAAUAGAAAGAAAUUCUUGUCUGCUGUAUUGAAUCAUCACAAAGAGUUUUCAGAGUUUCAUAGCAAAAAGGAGAAACAAACCAAGAAUGCAUUGAAACUCAUUCACAGAUUCCAUCUUGAAAAGGAGAGAAGAGAGCAAGAGAGAUUGCGCAAGGAGCGUAUUCGUUUGCUCAAGUUGCAAGAUACCGAGGGUUACAGAGACCUUUUGGCCAAGACCAAAAACGAUCGUCUCGAGAUGCUCAUGUCUCAGACUGAUUCGUUGCUCUCCAAGAUUGACUUUUUGGUGCAAAAGGAAAAGGUCGAACAAGAGGAACGCGCCGAAAAAGAACGUGAAGAACGUGAGGAAAAGGAAAAGUUGGAUUUGAUUGCCAACGCCAAUACUCCUCCUUCAUCAAACAACCAAGUGGACGGAUCGUCAACAGAAGAGAAAAAGGAUGGUGUUGCUACAGAAGGUGGAGACAAGACGCAAUGGUUCAACGCACCAUUCACAGGUGGCAGCAGUGCCAAACAACCCAAGUCGCAUAUUAGUGUCAAUGAAGAAGAGUCACUCAUCAUUAUCAAUCGUCUGCAUCAAGUGUUGCGUUACUUUUUGUUGCGUCGUCUCAAAAAGGAUGUCGAGUCGCAGUUGCCCGAGAAAAAGGAGCGUGUCAUCAAGUGCAACUUGUCGGCCAUGCAGAUUGUCAUGUACCGUUCGAUCGCCGAGUAUGGCCAGCUGCCCAUCGACCCCACCUCCGAGAUGUUUAAAAAGAGCAAGACUGGUAUGCGUGGCUUCAACAACACACUCAAGCAGAUGCAAAAGAUUUGUAACCAUCCAUACCUCUUUUUGAGCGAAUGGGAUAUCAACGAAGACUUGAUUCGUGCAUCGGGCAAGUUUGACAUGAUGGACCAGAUCCUGCUCAAGAUGAAGGCGUCUGGCCAUCGUGUACUCAUCUUUACACAAAUGACAGAAGUUAUCAAUUUGAUGGGCGAGUACUUUUCGCUCAAAGAGUGGGAUUAUUUGCGUUUGGACGGUAGCACCAAGCCCGAGGAACGUAGCAGAUUGGUGGUCGAGUGGAACCGCAAGGAUUCACCGUUCUUUAUCUUUGUAUUGUCCACCCAUGCCGGUGGUUUGGGUAUGAACUUGCAGACAGCCGACACGGUCAUUAUCUUUGACUCUGACUGGAACCCGCAGAUGGAUCUUCAAGCACAGGAUCGUUGCCAUCGUGUGGGACAGGUGAACCGUGUCAAUGUGUUCCGUCUCAUCUCGGCCAACUCGAUCGAAGAAAAGAUUUUGGAGCGUGCCACAGACAAGCUCGAGAUUGACGCCAAGAUCAUCCAGGCCGGUAUGUUUAACACCCAUUCAAACGACCAGGAGCGUCGUGCCAAGCUCGAGGAGUUCCUCCACGGGUUCCCCGCCAACACGGCCGAGGAAGCUACGACCGACCUUGAAGAGAUCAACCGUCUGAUUGCCCGUGACGACGAGGAGCUGAUCCAGUUCCAGGCCAUCGACAAGGAAGCUGCUCGUAUCGAGACACUCAAGAACAAGGGUGUCAAGAAGCAGCACAAGUCGCGUCUCAUCAUCGAGAGCGAGUUGCCCGAGUGGUUGAUGCGCAGUCCCGUCGCCGAGGACAAGGAGCCACUCGGCGCACGUAAGCGUACCACGCUCAACAACCUGCCCAUGGACGACCUCACCGAGAUACAAUGGGAGCGUAUGAUGGAGCUUGGCAUGAGUCUGCCAGAGUUUAAAGAGUACUUGGCCAACAAGAAAAAGAAGCGUGUCGACCUUAAAAAGGGAUCAUCUGCUAAAAAGAGUACACCCAAGAGAAAGAGAAAGGAUAGCGAGAGCGACUCUGAAGAAGAGGAUGACGGAUAUUACUCUGACUCGUUGUUGAUGAGUGAUUCUGAAGACAUCACUGUUACUCCUACCAACGAUCAAGAAAUGGAUCAAGAUGGUGAAGAAAAAGAAAAGGAAAAGACAAGUACUACAAGCACUGCAACAACACCAGCACAUACACCUGGAAAACGUGGAAGACCACCCAAACGUGCGUCGUCAGCUGCGAUUACUUCACCACCAGAAAAGAAGAAACCAGCAGCAGUUACCAAGAGACAACGCAAUGCCGGUGCUGCCGACACUACCACCACUGAGGAUGAAGAAGAGACAAAUGGAGUAGCAAGUGACGUUUCUGUUUCCAAUGACGACCAACCAAUGUCGCCAACACAAUCUUCGAGAAGAAAGAGAUUAAGUUUUACCCCCAAGACACUUGCUUCACCAGUCGCCGCCGCCUCAGACGACGCUACACCAGAGAAUGGUACUCCCUACAAACCAAGACGUGCAAGUACUCGAGGAAGUGCAAGCGUCAAAAAAGAGUCACAACAACAACAACCAAAUGGUGAUGCUCAUGAUGCUACCAACAACAACAACACGACCGAAUCAUCAUCAUCAGCAGAAAAACCAAAUGAUGAAAUCUUCCAAGGUAUCAUUGAAAAGAUUAAACGUAUCAAGGAAAAGACUAGAAAGGUGUCAGAAUUGUUCUGGGAUUUGCCAUCUCGUUCCGACUAUCCCGAUUAUUUCAAGGUCAUCAAGAAUCCCAUUUCAAUGAAUGAAAUCAGUCAAGGUUCAUACAAGACACCAGAAUUGUUUGUCAGUGAUUGGAAAUUGAUGUUUAACAAUGCUCUCACCUACAAUGAUCCAGAUUCUCAAGUUUACAGAGACGCCAUCACCCUCUACGAUAUAUUGGCAACCGAAGUUAAAUCUCAUUUUGAAUCUGUUAUUAUCCCUCCACUAUCAAAAGUUUAA